AUGGCGCGCCUCUCCGCGGCGGCGGCGCUCGGCGCCCUGCUGCUGGGGCCGGCGUGGUGGCCGCGCGCCCGCGGCGAGGCCGGGCCGGCGCAGCCGUCGGAGGGCUGCCGGGGCGGGCAGGGCUCGCCGGAGCCGUGGCGCAGCGCGGCGGAGGGCCGCGGGUGGAGCGGUUGGGUGCCCGUGGAGGUGGAGGACUUCGAGGCCGUGGAGCGCUGGUUCUGGGCGGACCUGCCCGAGGGGGUGGGCGCCGCGGGCGCGGGGCCGGCGCCGCUGCUGCUGUCCUUCCACGGCCAGAGCGGGAACGCCUCGGGGCAGGCCGGGAGCCACGACUUCUUGAGGCUGGGCCGGGAGCACGGGUUCCUCACCGUGUACCCCCAGGGGAUCGACGAUGCCGAUCCCUCCGCGGGCGACGCGGGGGACCAGGGCACCGGGUGGAACGUCGGCACGGCGGGCGACGACAGCACCUGCGACGCCAACGAGACAGCCGGGACGUGCUACCUGUCGUGCCGCCGCCUCGGCCGCUGCGGCAAGUGCAACUGGAGCACCUGCUACGACGAGCGGCUCUUCGCCCGCAGGGUCAUCCAGACCGUUGCCCGUGGGCUCUGCGUGGACCUGUCCCGGGUUUACCUGCAGGGCGAGAGCAACGGCGGGAUGGUGGCGUGGCACCUCAUGCAGGAGAUGCCCGGCGUCUUCGCCGCCGUCGUGCCAUGGUUCGGGCUGCCGCUGCUGGGCUACACGUUCGGCCGGGGCUUCGGUGCGGUGCGCGCGCCCGAGCAGUUCGGGCACACGGCGCUCCUGCAGCUGCACGGGCGGCAGGACCGUACCAUCCCCUCCGCCAGCGGGAUCGCGCACGGCGACGGUGGAGGGUGGAUCUACGAGCCCCUUGACAAGGUGCACGCGGGCUGGGCCGCCGUGCACGGCUGCCAGCGCGACCUGGUGCCCGUGGCCACCCGCUGGGACGGCGGCGCCAGCCACCUGUCCUGCCGUGAGUUCCGGGGCUGCACCUCCGGCCGCAGAGUCAUGCGGUGCAUGUACGACGGCGAGCACGGGGACUACCCUGCGCCCGACCCGACAGGGGACGAAUCACCGUGUGGUUCAUGCUGCAGUUCAGGCUGCCGCGCGCCGACGGCACCGCGGUGGCCGGAGGCCGCCACGCGGCCGGGCGGAGGCUGCUCGUCGUCUGACACGGUGGCGGCGGCGGCGGCCUGGCGCGCGCCAGCGCCACAAUAUCCGAUCGGAGGCGGGGGA